CCCGGUGAUCCCAUAUUUCACACGGUUGGAUAGUUUCCAACACGCGGGUUUAGAUUCUUAAGAAAAAAGAACACGCGGGUUUAGAACGAGGCCGAGCGCCAAGGUCGGUCAAGCUCCACAGAAGGGCAUGGCCGCCGCCGCGAGCGCGUGCUUCCCACGCCUUUCUUCCUUCCCUACUUUCUAAUCCAAAUCGCACACACGCCAAACACCUUCUCUUCUCUGCAAUCUCCCAAACUUCACUUCCCCACGAGUAGAAAUCCUUUCUCCUCGUUUCCUAUAUCCUAUAUAUACGCUCACCCGCCACAGAAAAGGAACUCAUCUGCACCAGAAGCGCAACAAUUAAGCUACACAACAGGGAGGGGAUCAACGCAACAGAAACAACUACGAGUCCGCAAAGAAGAUGGCAAUGAUCAGCGAGCGAUGGACGAGGGUGCGGACCCUGGGCCGCGGCGCAUCGGGCGCGGAGGUGUUCCUGGCGGCGGAUGACGCAUCCGGGGAGCUAUUCGCGGUCAAGUCGGCGAUCGCGUCCGGCGCCGCGGCGCUCAGGAGGGAGCAGGCGAUCAUGUCCGUUCUGCAAUCCCCGCGCGUCUUGUCCUGCUUCGGCGGCCGCGCCGGACGCGACGGCUCGUACCAGCUGUUCCUCGAGUUGGCCCCCGGCGGCUCGCUCGCCGACGAGAUUGCCAAGGAUGGGGGCCUCGAGGAGCGAGCCGUUCGGGCAUACGCAGCCGACAUGGCGACCGGUCUGGCAUACCUCCAUGGAGAGUCCUUGGUGCACGGGGACGUGAAGCCGGGGAACGUCGUGAUCGGCGCCGACGGCCGCGCCAAGCUUGCGGAUUUUGGGUGCGCGAGGAAGGCCGGCGGUGGUCCGAUCAUCGGAGGCACGCCGGCGUUCAUGGCGCCGGAGGUGGCGCGUGGCGAGGAGCAGGGCCCGGCAGCCGACGUGUGGGCGCUGGGAUGCACGGUCGUGGAGAUGGCCACCGGCCGCGCGCCCUGGAGCGGCACGGACGGCGACGCGCUCGUGGCGCUGCACCGGAUCGGAUACACUGAUGCCGUACCCGAGGUGCCACAGUGGCUGUCUGCCGAAGCCAAGGAUUUCUUGGCCGGGUGCCUGUCCAGGAAGGCAAGUGACCGGUGCACGGCGGCGCAGUUGCUCCAGCACCCGUUCUUGGCCUCCGCCGUCUUGGACAACAAGCUCGAAGAUGUCAAGAGCAAAUGGGUGUCGCCAAAGAGCACGUUGGAGGCGGCAUUGUGGGAGUCAGAAUCCGACAACGAUGAAGCCGACGACGAGCUAUCGCACAGCACGGACGAGAGGAUCAAGGAAUUGGCCUGUCCUGCGUGGGCGUUCCCGGACUGGGACUCUGACGAGGGCUGGAUCGACGUGCUCUCGGUGCCAAACGAAGCAUCCGACAUGGUUGCCGUGCCGGCCGAGGAGACGACUGACCUGGACGAUGCAAUCUCAAGCGAAGAGCAAGCUGGAGAUUGCGGCGUCCUCCACGUUACGGUGGACAGGAGCGUCCUUAAUGAAGUAGAAGAAGCCAACCAUGAUUCAGAGUUGCAACUUAGGCAUCAGUGUUUGGGAGUUUGGGUUUGCUAUGAAACAGUACCACCAUGUAAAUUAUCCUGCAACAACAGAAGCAUGAAUGCAAUUGAUUUUGUUCCUGCGCAAAACAUUUUGUUCUUCCUUUUUGUGAAUUUCUCUGCUCCUACUUGGCAGUUCCUCUGCCGCCCCGGUCGCGACACGUUCAGUUAGCAAACUCCCUGGAAA